GGUGGCGGCCAGCAUGCUGCUCGGCUGCGGUUCGGCCUCCCACACCCGCGGCGCCCGCGUCCUCGCCAGCAGCGCCGGCGGCCGAUCGGGAAGCGGCACCCGCGUCUGCAGCGGUGCGGGGUCCGAGCGCGCGGCGCGGGGCGGUGGCGGCAGCGGGGGUCCGGGCCCGGGUGGGGACUGGGGGACUCGGCAUGGCGCUGUGGAGAGGCGGUGGGGCGCUGGGGCUGCUGCUGCUGAGCUCCGCGUGCCUCAUCCCGCCGAGCGCGCAGGUGAGGCGGUUGGCGCGCUGCCCCGCCACUUGCAGCUGUACCAAGGAGUCCAUCAUCUGCGUGGGCUCCUCCUGGGUGCCCAGGAUCGUGCCUGGCGACAUCAGCUCCCUGAGCCUAGUCAAUGGAACCUUUUUGGAAAUCAAGGACCGAAUGUUUUCCCAUCUGCCUUCUCUGCAGCUGCUGUUGCUGAAUUCUAACUCAUUCACGGUGAUCCGCGACGAUGCUUUUGCUGGCCUUUUCCAUCUUGAAUACCUGUUCAUUGAAGGGAACAAAAUAGAAACCAUUUCAAGAAAUGCCUUUCGGGGCCUCCGUGACCUGACUCACCUUUCUUUGGCCAACAACCACAUUAAAGCACUUCCAAGGGAUGUCUUUAGUGAUCUCGAUUCUCUGAUUGAACUAGAUUUAAGGGGUAAUAAAUUUGAAUGUGACUGCAAAGCCAAAUGGUUGUAUCUGUGGCUGAAGAUGACAAAUUCCACUGUGUCUGAUGUGCUAUGUAUCGGGCCACCAGAAUACCAGGAGAAGAAGCUCAAUGAAGUGAACAGCUUUGACUAUGAGUGUACCACCACAGAUUUCGUCGUUCAUCAGACGCUGCCGUUCCAAUCGGUGUCAGUAGACACGUUCAACUCCAAGAACGACGUGUACGUGGCCAUCGCUCAGCCCAGCAUGGAGAACUGCAUGGUGUUGGAGUGGGACCACAUAGAAAUGAACUUCCGGAGCUAUGACAACAUCACAGGCCAGUCCAUUGUGGGCUGCAAAGCCAUCCUCAUCGAUGAUCAGGUCUUUGUGGUGGUGGCCCAGCUCUUCGGUGGCUCUCACAUUUACAAAUACGAUGAGAGCUGGACCAAGUUUGUCAAAUUCCAAGACAUAGAAGUGUCUCGAAUUUCCAAGCCCAAUGACAUCGAGCUGUUUGAGAUUGACGACGAGACCUUCUUCAUCAUCGCUGACAGCUCGAAAGCAGGCCUGUCCACAGUCUACAAGUGGAACAGCAAAGGCUUCUACUCAUACCAGUCUCUGCAUGAGUGGUUCAGGGACACGGACGCAGAGUUUGUUGACAUUGAUGGGAAAUCACACCUCAUCCUGUCUAGCCGCUCCCAGGUCCCCAUCAUCCUGCAGUGGAACAAAAGCUCGAAGAAGUUUGUCCCCCACGGUGACAUCCCCAACAUGGAGGAUGUGCUGGCUGUGAAGAGCUUCCGAAUGCAGAACUCCCUCUACCUUUCGCUCACCCGUUUCAUCGGGGACUCUCGGGUCAUGCGGUGGAACAGUAAGCAGUUUGUGGAGGUCCAGGCUCUUCCAUCCCGGGGGGCCAUGACCUUACAACCCUUUUCCUUCAAAGAUAACCACUACCUGGCCCUGGGGAGUGACUACACAUUCUCACAGAUAUACCAGUGGGAUAAGGAGAAACAGCAGUUUAAAAAGUUUAAAGAAAUCUAUGUGCAAGCUCCCCGGUCUUUCACAGCCGUCUCCACCGACAGGAGAGAUUUCUUUUUUGCAUCCAGUUUCAAAGGAAAGACAAAGAUUUUUGAACAUAUCAUUGUUGAUUUAAGUUUGUGAAAGGUGUGAUGGGGGGAGGGAUUUCAAAGAUCUGUAGUGUUAGCUCUCACAAGAGAGAGAGGACCAAGAAGAAAUGAAAUUUAAAAAGAAAAAAAAAACAUAAAAUAAGCCAGGCUCAGAGCUCUGAAAUUAAAAUUCCACAAUGCACUGGAGAAAUAGUUAGACAUUUUCAGACUUUUAGGAUUCACAUUUUAACCAGGGAUUGCAAUUGCAUUCUUUUUCUUUUUUCUUUUUCUUUUCUUUUUUCUUUUUCCUUUUUUUUUCUCUUUUUUUUGGCUGACUGCAUGACAGGCCAAUGCUGCUAUUUAAACAUGGCAUCUUAAAGCCUGUAAUUCUUGAGAAAAGAGUACAGCAUUUUACCAUCUAGCAAGUGACAUGUUGCUACUUUAUUUUCAAUAAGAAAGAAGAACACAGAGCAAGACGGGCCAGCCCUUUUAGUGAAAUUAAGAAGCGCAGGCAAAAAGCCCCCACCCAGCUAAACCCACAGACCUCCUUAUCCCAUCUGAGCCAUCUUUCAGCUAAGAACUCUUAAAGCCAAAGUGAACUGGAAAUAUUUGCUGGUCAUUCAUUUGAACGUCUCACAACACUGUCUACAGUGCUAUUUUGAGCUAUCCUAGCUUCCUGAAAGUCGUGUCCAGUCCUUCCAGAAUCUUCCUUGGAGCAGAACCUUGGCUCUGCCCUCGUUUGGAUUGAUCCCCCUCAUGAGUGUGUUCACAGGUUAAUAUUUGACAUCGCUUCCUCUGCCACAGAGAAAAUAUUCUAGUGACACAUGUCUAGGCCAGCAUGGGCUGUGGGCCCAGCAGCAAGAUAAAGGGAUUUCCCCCUUUUUAAUUUUUUUUUUUGGUUCAAAGGUGACCCUCAAGGUAGCUGGAGCAAUCAUGUGUGUCUGAUGUGCUCUGUUGCUCACUUGCGUCUCUGAACCCAUCCUUUUAGUUGGUGGGUAACUGGCAGACAGGCCAAAGGCUGAAUGGUGCUUUUCAUCUGUCCUUUAGAGGGAUGGAACAGGUGUUUCCAUCUAAUGCUCAUGGGGUAGGGCUUUUGAAGUGAGAUUUGUACGGAGUCAGAGGGGACUUCACACAGAUCUUGAUGCACUUUGAGACUCAGAGGGGCCCCUUUGAUUGAUGAAUGUCUCUGCCCUCUGGACAACUUAAUAUUUCAAGUAAUUGAUUGAAUAGAAACCUGCCCACCUGCCCACCUGCCUCCCUUGCUGCCAGAACAGUGCUUUGUGGAGUUGCAGCUAUUACAGUGGCUGGCUUGGGCAACCCCGCUGAAGUUUCUGCACACACAAGUCAGAAUCCCAGCUUGGAUGCUGUCGACAGGGGCGCGCCUCCCUCUUCCAGCACACUAGGAAAAGGAAGCGUGGCCAUGUUCUAGUGGUGGGGUAUCUGGUACAACAUCAGGAGAGACCAGCUGGAGCCCAGUAGACUUAAUCUCAUAGAGCACGUCUGUGCUUGGGAUCAGGUGGCCUAUUUCAGAAUAGGCCUCCAGUGGGGACAGCAGGGAAGCUCAUGGGGUCUGCUUUUGUAGAUGGUUCCACGGUGGAUAUUCUAAGUAGCUGGUUCUCUUUGAGAAUAUGAAGCAGAUGCCUUUUCGGGGCACACUUUGCAGAAUAGCCCACUGUAUCUCUUCUAGCCAUGAAGGUAGCACAAUCCCCCUGCAGUGUGGUGUGGAGUUUUAAUGGCCAUCACCACACUGUAUAUAGGUAGAAGGUUUGUCAGAAAUGCGAGUGUCUGUUCUUUUCUGUAAGCAGCAUGGACUGAUCGAUACACCACACCAGAGAGCUAUGCGUUGAUGAUAAUCAGCACUCCCGGCUGAUGUUUCCAGCCUAGGGGACCAAGGACUUUAAUGAACCCUGUCACUCACAUUCUGUAGCGUGGUUGCUUGGAACUUUGGUGCUAAAUGCCAAGCAAAUAGAGAGAGUGGUCUGUUUUCGUUUUCUAGGCAUAAAUCACUCUUUCUUUGCAUUCUUUUGUCUUCUUGGUUCAUUUGAAUUGACGAUGAGUUCUCAGCUCUCCGUGUUGGAGGCUGGAAGUAUGAUGUUUUUGCUGUUCCUUCCCCUGGAGAACAAGCAAGCCAUGCCUCAUUCCCACCCCCAUGCACGGGUUCCCCCAGGUAGAUGUAGCACUCUUGUUUUCUGUUGCUCAUAGAGGAACCCACAGGGGCAUCUCUCAGAGUGCCACCUACACAGAGCCUCCUGCCAGCUGUUCUGUGCUCCCUUAAGAGGGAAGUUAGGGACUCGACAUAGCCAUUGCUUAGAGUUUGGAAAGUCCAGAUACACAGGGUCUGAGCUUGGGAUGGGGGCUUCCUUACACCCAGAUGAAGCAUUUGAGUAGCAAAAGAGGUUCCUAGUAGGUGAUGGGGCUGGGGUAGGAGAGGACUGGCCGUCUUCUCUGCUGCAGUCAAGUUUCCCUUUUCUUUUAAAGCAAGUUUACACAAGACUGGAGUCUGCAGUCUUCUGUGUCCUGUGCUGUGUGAGUGGAUGUUUGUUCUGGCCAACACAGCGAAGGAGCAGAGAUGUUCUUGGCAUAAGGUGGGGGAGCUUUGCUUCAUUAAUCUUACUGCUCUCUCCCAAGGAUCCCUGAAGUUUUAAGCAAUCUCUGCAAAAGGCUUUCUUCCAGUAAUGAUGUAGAAUAACAAAACCCACCCACACAACCAUGACAAAAGCCCAAGGCAGAGAAAUGCGUAGGACUGUCCCGCUGAGGGGGAUUGCUGGCUUCUUCCCCCCCUCCCUCCCUCCCUCCUUCCCUCCUUCCCUCCCUCCCUCCCUCCCUCCCUCUCUCUCUCCCUCUCUCCCUCCUCCCUGCCUCCUCCUCCCCCCUCUUCUCUCCUUCUUAUCACCCAUACACUGUCAUCAGCUCAGCUUGUCCUUGUUCACCUGGGUUCCUAGGCUGACCCCUCCAGUCAGUAGCCGUGUGGCUUUUAGGCCCUAACCUGAAACUGAGGGUUAGUCUUCAGACUCUAAGAUCAGUUGUAGAGCUCUAUAAAGACUAAAAAUAAACCCCAGGGUUGACAAGCACUUUGUUCUUGGGCUGUUGGUAAGGUCAGCAUCAUGGAAGCUUUAUGUCCCCAUUCUGUACAUCUGUGUUCCUCUCAUGUGUCGUACGUAGCUCUUUGGUUUACAGAGGGCAGGUGUUAUUCUGAUUUCAGAAAGAAGGAAAUAGAUACAGAGCCCAAGUGGAUGGCCUGCCUGCAAUUAUGCCGUGCUAAGCAGCAACUUUCCCUUGGACAGCAGGUGCUGCACUGUCUCUCUCUAAUGCUCUGCUGUGCCCACCCAAACGCAGACACUGUUGCCAUGACAGUGAAGACAGCAACUCUUUUAGAUUAAGCAGAAGUACAUGCAGGAUGAAGAGCCAAGAGGAAAGUCAUACCUGACAGACACCAUUCAAUCAUCAGUGCCAUUGAGCAAUCAACAAACACCCCAGAAUUGUUGUGACAUGUCCAGCCAGGCUUGAGAAGGCCUUCCAGAAAUGCUGGCUAGCUUCAAUUGUCUAGAGCAUUUUUAGCAGGCAUGACUGUAUCUCUUCUCACACAGCCAUGGGAGGAAUGCCGAGGCUGGACACAUCUGGUUCUUGCCACGAUGUCCACCACAUAAGAUGAGUUCUGUGAGAGAGAAAUUAAAAACCCAAAUGCAGGAGUGAUGAUGAAUUGCUCUGGGACCCUCUCCAGCCUUCGGGGAGCUGACAGAGAUUGACAGUGUUGUGUUCUUCUUCCGGUGGGGUGAGGCUGUGUGUUUUUAGGAAAGAAAUCAGUGUGAGAGCCAGGAGUGCUCCUGAUGGAAAUGUCUCUGUCUGGGGGAGCUCCAUGCGAGCCAGAUGAAUGUUGGUGGGAGGGGCUCCUGUUUGCAUGCCACCUAAAGGAAACCUCUAGCCAGCUUCCCCAGUCUGGGAGUUAUCUCAUUAGGCAGUGCCGGGGUGGGGGGAGGGGUUGUUCGACAACCUCCAUAGAGCGGAAUCAGCAGUCUAGCAGCAGGUGCAAUAAACAAGGUGGUUCAGGGCUGGGGCACCAUGGGAAAAUGGGGAGAAAUGCAGGACAGAUGGCCAUGGAGCCAGUGUGCUGGGGAAAGAGGGAAUAAUCUGGAAAGCAAAGAAAGGAGUAACCAUAAUUCCUGUUGCCUUCGCAGAGGGUGGAAUGACCAGGCAAAUCAACAGCAUGCCCGGUAAUUGACCAGCAUCCAUUGUGAUGCCGAUUCAGAUAACAAUGGCAUCACCAGAUCACUGGGCUGUCAGCUGAGGCACUCUGCCCCUUACCCUGUCUCAUUGCUUGUGCCAGCAGCCACCUCUUUCCAGUGGGAAACUAUGCAUUCCCUAUCCAGCCCCUUGACGAUCAGGAAUGUAUGAGAACUGUGAUAAACUAGGCCAACAUGCCAUUUGGUACUGUUUUUAUGUAUUUUAAAUGUACAACUUAGGUGACACCAUACUUUAUAUGUAUAUGGAAGUUUUACAGUAGGCAGACAAUGAUGGGUGUGUUUUAAAGCUGUAGAUCUACUUAGCUCUUUUUGGAAAAUAGAUUCAACACAUGAUAUGCCUCUUAAUUCUAUAUAUUCUGUAAUUCCGUGAAUAAAAAGUAGCAAAUGCCUAA